AUGGACCUAAGAAUCAAUGAAAAAUUCAGAUUGGGCCGGAAAAUUGGUAGUGGCUCGUUCGGCAAUAUAUAUCUAGCCACAGACCUGGUGACUUCGGAGUCGGUAGCAGUCAAGCUGGAGUUGUGUCGGUCAAAGCAUUUGACAUUACAAGCCGAGAAUAAAAUAUAUAAAUUACUGCAAGGGGGAGUGGGCAUACCAUCCGUAAAAUGGUUUGGCUCUGAGGGGGAGUACAACAUCCUGGUGAUGGAGUUGUUGGGUCCGAGUCUUGAAGACCUGUUCAAUUUCUGCUCCAGGCAAUUUAGUCUGAAGACGGUUCUGUUACUUGCUGAUCAGAUGAUCAGUAGAAUCGAGUACGUGCACUUGAAGCACUACAUACACAGAGACAUCAAGCCGGAUAACUUCCUGAUGGGGACUGGCAAACGUGGAAACAUCGUGUACGCAAUUGACUUCGGUCUGGCAAAAAAAUAUAGGGAUGCACGCACUCAUCAGCACAUACCAUACCGAGAAGAUAAAAACCUGACCGGUACCGCCAGGUAUGCCAGUAUUAAUACGCACCUAGGUAAGGAGCAGAGUAGAAGAGAUGAUAUGGAGUCUUUGGGGUAUAUACUGAUGUAUUUUCUGAGAGGUAGCCUACCAUGGCAGAAUUUGAAAGCUUCGACGAAAGUUCAGAAGUACGAGAGGAUCAGUGAGAAGAAGAUGUCUACGCCCAUCAAUGAACUCUGUCGGAAUUUCCCGGCCGAAUUCGCUUCUUAUUUGUCGAUCUGUAGAUCACUGAAAUUUGACGACAAACCAGAUUAUUCUCAACUGCGACAGCUUUUCAGGAAUCUCUUCCAUAGACAGUCCUUCAACUACGACUUCUUUUACGAUUGGACGGUUAUGAAGGUUGUAAAGCUGACUGGCAGCCAAUGA